AUGUCUCAACUCCUGACUUACCUCCCCCAAUUCGAGGGCGUCCUGCCCAAAUGGCUUGUCUUCGUCUCCGUGGUCUCCGCCCUGAACAGCCUCCAAGCCUACAUCUCCCCGGCCUAUACCUCUCAACUAUACAGUAAUGGCCAGGUACCUGCGAGUCCGCUCUCCGGCCGCGUCUUUGGAACUUGGACUUUCCUUUCCGCUGUUAUUCGCAUGACCGCUGCUUACAACAUCACCAACCCUGUCGCGUACGAUCUCGCCUUGUGGACUUACGGAAUUGCCCUGACGCACUUUGUUGGCGAGCUGGUGUUUGGAAAUGCCACUCUCAAGGGCCGUUUCAUCAGUCCCUUGAUUGUGGCUUCGUCGUCGCUUGCUUGGAUGUUGACGCAGCGUGAGGCCUACCUUGCUUAA